UGAGGCAUGUUGUGAUAAAGAAACACCUAUGCAGGUGGAUCCUACACUAAUGAAUGUUGGGGAUGGAGGCACGGUGAGCAGAGAGAUCAGUGCUCCAAAUAAAGCGUCUACUAGUAUGGUGGGAAAUCCCCCCCAGACGCUACCUCCUGAGUUUCGAGGAGAUGUUACCCUCAGUCAGCAAAACAAGACCACUCCAACAACAGACUGUAAGACAGUGAAAGCCUGCCCGGACACUAGCAAUUACAACCACAGCCCUGAGCUUCUUCCACCUCAACAGCCCAACAAUGCACCAAUGUCAGGCUCAGCCCUCACCAACUCAGAGAAGAGAGCAGAGAAAAGGGCAGAUCCACCUAAAGUCAAGGCUGAUGGUGCUGGGGUCUUCCCAACUCCUCAGUGGUCAAGUGGUGUAAAAGUCAGCCGGGAAGACUCACUCAGUCCCUGUCACAGCAAUGUGACAUCCAGUAAGAAAUCACAUACACAAACACAGUCUUUGCAAAGUGCUCCACCUGGGUUUCAGUGCUCGACCAUGUUUAAACCAGCCCAGCCUGUUGCCUUCCUUCCCUCCACUAAUUUUUCCUCUCCAAUUUGUAAAAUCACUCUUCCACCAGCAUUGGGUCAAAUUGCAGCACUAAGAGAAGCCACAGCAAAUCAGUUUCAGAAAGAAAUUCAGCCUCAAAGCUCAGGUGUCGGAGGGACACCUCUCAUGCGGACCUAUCCCUAUCCGUUCUCUGUCGGCCGAACUCCAGCUGCAGAGAAAAAAGCAUCAACAUCUAAACUUAAAUCUAACCACUCGUCGAGUAAGAAUGCCAAAUCUGUUGGAGAACAUAAGUCUUUAGCCUCGGUGGUAGCCUCACCAGCUAUUGCCCUACCAUUGCAGCACCCAUCGUUACCUUCUGCAGCACCCACCCACUACACGUUGUCUCCCACUGCUGCCAUUUGCUGUGGCUCUGCACUGGCCAGCAUCACCUCUCAGAGCAGACUGUUGAACCAUGUGGAGAAGAAGGGCAACAGCUUAGAAAAGACAACCAUGGGCUCUCUAAAAACAACACCUCCCUCUGCUUCAGAGGACCAUACUGUAGCAUGCUCGAUCGAACCAAGGGAUGUACCUCUUGAUUUGUCUGCUAAAUCAAAACGUCCAAAAUGCAUAAAUGACCCUCCAGUUUCUAUUAUGGAGCCUCAUAAUAAUGAGUCAAAUCAGAGAGAUUUUCUGAACUCAAAGAGGACUCAUUCUACAUCUUACAGUUCAGCUGUGCAAUACCCUAUCUUACCCAAUACACACAGAAAUGGAUCCCAUCAAAAGCAAUUAAACAGGCCUCAGAAUCACCAGGUCCCUGAACCUAAGCCAUCUUGGGGAAAGGGAUCUUCACAAGACCCCAUAAAAAACAUCCCUGGAACUUACGUGGGUGUGGCUAGCCCCAUAUUGGCUUCUACCCUUCGGGGGAAAGAUGGGAAAGGGACUUUUGCUGAUGAAUUUCAGAGUUUUGCUAAGCAGGAGUUUAUAUCUAUAAUUGACCAAGGAGAACAUCUGGCCUCAGGAGGAAAGAAGCCAUCCUGUCUGAUGAAGGGCAACCAACAUGCUCAUAGUGUCAAGCAUGUUAAAAACACCAGCACAGCCAUAAUUAAAAACAGUCCCAUUAAAGGAGCCCUAACGACUGCUCUGUUGAGCUCUGCCAAUGCUCAGAUUAAUCAGAAAUCUGGAACUGGCAAAACAGCAGUACCAUACUCCACCACUUCUGUCAGUCUGGCAUGGCAACAGCCGUCUCACCUUCCACACCAAGCAUCCUCUGUUCAGAGAAAACUGUCACAAGGAUCCGUAAAAUCCAAGACCACCGCAGCGGAAGAAGGAUCUAAGUUUCAGAGUGCCCAUCAGAGCCCGUCCAACACUGAGGAUGAUAAGUGGGAGAGAAUGUCUCCGCUCUCCAACCUUGCGUCCAUUGUAAAGCAGCAAGCUCUUGAAACAACAGCACUGACAGGCAAGGGUAACAAUCAAGCGCCACCUGUUGCAUCAAGAAAAGCUGAUGUUCUAAAUCUGCUCACGGGGAGUCAAGAUUCCCUGUCCAAACACACUUCCGCUUUUGAAUACCCACCAUACAGGUCUGUGGAAAAAUGGACUGGUGUGCCAUCUCAAGGGGAUUCAACUCAAGCUAUGAAAAGACUUGAAAAGGCGAAUGCCACUGAGCCUUCGGAGAAUACUACUGAGAUUCACACCAGUCAGGGAGAACACAUGGGACUACAAGCAAAGCAAAGUUCCUCCAAGUCCACAGGCCAGUGUCAUAUCUUUGGAGGCAAUGCAUCAACAAAUGGGAACAGAAUGGAGAGCAAACUCGCCCAGGUGUUAGAGGGGGAGAUAUUGAAGAAAGAAAGUGGGGCUUCAGAAAGUCCUCCCAGUGAAAAAUUGGAGGGCAUGGUGGCGUCUAUCCUCACAGGCCAGUGCACGGGGGGAGGCGACAAGUUUGAGAAGAAAACAAAUGGAACCAAAGAGGAGUCGCCAACCAAAGCAAAAGCUGCUGCCAUCAAAAAAAAGAAAAGCAGUCCUAAGAAGCCAGCGAAGGAGAAGUCACCAACGGACCUGCCGAAAAAGGCUGCAGGAAAGAAGAAGCAAGACACGGAAAGUACUCCCACCAAAGUGUCCUGCCAAAAGAAGCAGAAGAAACGAUGUGCACCUGUGCUGGAGAAGAGUCUAUCAGCAGGUAAACUUUCCCCACAGACUAAAGAGCAGACUCCAAGGGACAAGAUCAGUCCCAAAAAGGUUGAGCAAUCAACCCGCAACAAACCAGUUGCAGAUAGCGACAACGGUCCUCAGAGUGUAGAGACUCCGGUCUCUUUGAAUAGCUCUGCCGUAUCAAGCAAGGAGACUGAAGCUACAGACAGCUCCUUCCCAAGACUGAGGAGAGGACGACGGCGAGCUGAUGAGGCCAGACUCGACCUCUGGGGCUUUGCAACACCUUCUCCUCCACCCCCGCAAAUUCCUCCUCCUCCUCCUGCAGAUUCCCCAUCACCCCCUUUAACUAACACCCAGCCAGCCCGCCGUCCAAGGGGGAGGCCUCGCUCAAACCCCUUGCCAGAGCGAGUUUUUCAAGGCAAGGGCAAAGCAGGUGGUGCGGAGGGUGACACCCCUGCUCACAAGAAACGCCGGCGCUGCCGCAGUAAAAAGUAUCAGACAGGGGAGUACAUCACUGAGAAAGACAAGUUGGAAGAUGGAGAGCACCUUGAAGAAUCUGACACCCUAAGACAGGACAGGGGAACUGCAGCAGAUUCACAGACGGAUCAGUGUCCGAGUCCCACUGCCUCCAGUCCAGAACCUCCUCCACGGAGACCCUCCUUCACUCGCUCAGGGUCAGUCCGCUACCAGGAGAGCGAGGUUUCUCCCGAGUCCAAUGACAAGCCUUCAGGGAAAAGGAAGUUCAAAAGCAAGCACUUAUGUGACAGUGAUGAGCAGAAGAUUAAGACCAAACGCAGCAGCUUGGGCAAGCGUUGUGCUUCACUCGCCCUGGAUGAUGAUGGCGCUGAUGUGAAAAGAACAGAAAGCCCCCUGCCCACUGCAAAAAGUUUGCCAUCAUCUCCAUCCAAUAAGAAAAGCUUUUCAGGAAGAAGCAGCGGUUCAGAGUCUCCACCCAAAAGGCCUGUUCCCCCAGAAGUGCGUCGGCUGAUUGUCAAUAAAAACGCUGGAGAGACUUUGCUGCAACGCGCCGCCCGCUUAGGCUAUCAGGAUGUCGUUCAGUACUGUCUUGAAAAGGACAUCAGGGAGGUCAAUCGGCGUGACAAUGCCGGCUACACAGCGCUCCACGAGGCGUCCUCUCGAGGCUGGACUCAGAUCGUCCAGAUGCUGCUGAAACACGGAGCAGAUGUGAACUGUAGCGCCCAGGACGGAACACGGCCUCUUCAUGACGCAGUGGCGAGUGAUAACCUACCAAUAGUCUGGCUGCUUCUCAACCACGGCGCGGACCCGACUCUGGCGACCUACUCCGGACACACUCCUGUCAAACUGGCACACAGCCCUAGCAUGAAGACCUUCCUCACAGAGUAUUUCACAGACCUGGAAGGCCGCAGUGAGCAGGAUCCCACUCUACCCUGGGAUUUCUACAGCAGCUCCUUGUUUGAGACCGACCAGGAGCCAUGCUGGGAUUUCCUGCUGUCGGAGCAGGAGCAGAAUCAGGAGCUGGAGGACAUCACAACAGCCAGCUCUGAUCGGGACUCGGACAAAGACUGCCUCGUGUUCGAGUUCUCCUCCGAGCCUCUGCUACCCUGCUAUCAUGUUCAGGUGUCAUUAACCCAGGGCUUUUGCAACUGGUUCCUCCUGACAGACGUCCUGAAGCGUCUGAAGAUGUCGUCGCGGAUCUUCCGGGCGCGUUACCCCCACCUGGAGGUGGUGAGCUUGUCCCAUGCCGAGCUCUGUCGGCAGGUGUCCGUCAGCCAGGUGAGCUCGGCUUUAGCUCCGCCCUACAAAGGCAAAAACAAGGACGAGGGCGAGGAGGAAGAGGAGGGACUUGUGGAUCUGGUGCGUUGCGUCCCAGAACUCCAGAGACUACUGGGCUCCUCUAUUCACAUCCUGCAGGAGGAUGAAGAGGAGGGGGAGGGGAAGGUACUGACAAACACAGGGAAACCAUGCAGCCGAUAGACUCCCCUCCACCGCGCUACUCCACCGAGCAGACAAACUGUUGAACGAUUCAAGUAUGUCGACCCGAGUCCUGCCUGCAGCUCAAAGGAAACCUCUCCGUCCAUUGUAAUGAGGGUUUAACUCCAGAUACGAUAAAGACUUGACACUCCACCUAUAACCUUUGACCUCAGACAGAAGGUGAUUAAGUGAUCACAGUGACACACCUCAAGGACCUGCACAUGGGAGUGGUCAGUGCUGGAAAGCAGCUUUCAGGUUCCUAACUAUAGGUAUAUUUGAAUACAUGAUAACUAUUGAGCAAACCUUUUUUAAUGAUUAUGUAUGUACAUGGUAGUGUAUAUGUAUAUCUUGCCAUCAGGUUUAACACAUUUGGUUAUAUAAAUGUAUUCUUGUGGCAAGGGAUGGAUUAUGUUAAGGACUUUUUGUUUGUUCCUGAGGGAAAGCGAUAUUCUUUUCGACGGGAGAUAAUCCGAGGCUUUUAUCUUGGUGAACUCUUGCGUAAGGCCAGCUUAAGGCCAGCUAACAGAGUCAGGGAGGCCACCGGCCCAGACGGUUUCUCUGUCAACCUGGGAGACCUGCGGAGAAGAGACCACAGCACAUAAUCUUCACACAUAAUCACCCGCCUAGUUCAUAGUCUCAUUUCCAUCCUUUCAUUUGUCACUUUAUUAUCCUCAUGAGAUCAUUACUGGACAGAUCUAAUAGUUAUGAUUGUGUUUCCUUCACAUUUCACAAAGAAAGCAGUAUGAAAUGAAAUGAUGACGUUCUUUUGGACCUUUGAGAUUGAGAGUUUGUUUACAGAGCUGGACAGAUAGUGCUCUCCACUCCCCAGGUUGCUCUCCUCCUGAACUGAUACAGAAUCCUGUGGAUCUCUCUCAGAGGAAAAGUAUCUCUGGAGUCCAGAGCCUGCUCCCGCGUCUGAGGAGCGAGACGCCCUCUUUAACUGCAGCCACGACUGUCCCCCCUACGUCCCGAUAUGGUGUUUCCAGAUCCCAGAGUGCUUUGUGUUGCAGUGUUUUAUUUACACUGUUUGUUGUGCUUAAUUUAAAAGUCAUUAAUAUAUUUGACCUCUUGUGUAUCUGACGAGCCUAUCUAUGAAAAAAAUUGCUUUGUAUGGUUGGUGCUUCAUUUUGAAAUGUACUUAUUAGGAUCCCUUUAUUCUGAGAUUUUCCUCCCUCAUUGAAAAACAGUAUUUAAAAAAAAAAAAAAAAAAAAAAAAAGCAAAA